GCUUUCCUCUGCAUCCGCGACCUGCGAUGAAGCUCACUAACAGCGGUGCGGUGCCCGUGUACACCGUCGCAGGGGCGUCUACAGCUCGUCCACUGCCCGAAUGGCUCGCGCGGCGGCGAAAGCGCAGCCUCAAAAAGGACGCCGAAUACGCCAACCGUGUGGAGCUGCUGCAGGACUUUGAAUUCGACGAGGCCAGCCAAUGCGUGCGCGUCAGCGAAGAUGGCGAAUGGGUCAUGAGUACAGGCACCUACAAGCCGCAAAUCCAUGUCCACUACCUGCCCCAUCUCUCGCUGUCCUUCGCCCGCCAUACCAAUACCGUCAACAACACUUUUGUUCUCCUUUCUCAAGACUACACCAAAUCGCUGCAUUUGCAGACAGACCGCUUCCUCGAGUUCCACAGCCCUGGUGGUCUACACUACAGCACACGCAUCCCGCGAUACGGACGAGAUCUCAAGUACAAUGCACGCAAUGCCGAAGCACUUGUGCCCGCCGUUGGAGUCAAUGCGGACGGCAUGGGUGAAGUUUUCCGUCUCAACCUGGAGCUGGGUCGAUUCAUGAAGGGGUAUGAAGUAGAUGUUGGAGGGGACGAUGUUAAUACAGUGGGUGCCGGCGCUCUUCAGGGAGGAAUCAACACUGGUGCGGUCAAUUGCGCUGCCAUCGCAGACCAGAGUCAUGGAUUACUGGCAUUUGGAACAUCGCUAGGAACGGUCGAGUUCUGGGAUUCUCGCUCACGAAAUCGGGUUAGCGCACUCGGAGCACCCAGGUCGACGCUAGAUCAGGAUCUGGAUGAGAGGCCAGAGAUCACGGCACUUUCGUUCCACCGUUCUGGUCUCGAGCUUGCCACUGGCAGCAGCACUGGCAUCGUUCGCACGUAUGACCUACGAUCGCCCGUGCCACUUUUGGAGAAACAGCAAGGUUACGAUUAUCCUAUUCGAACCCUGAAAUAUAUUCAAUCGCCACUGGCCUCCGAUAAAAUCCUCAGUGCGGAUCGCAAAGGCAUCAAACUGUGGGACGCGAAGUCAGGCGACUACUGGACAGGAAUCGAACCUGCCGUAGACCUCAAUCACGUCGAAUGGGUGCCAUCCAGUGGCAUGUUCUUGACGGCCAACGAGGGACGACAGCAGCACUCUUUCUUCAUUCCUCAACUUGGACCGGCUCCGAGAUGGUGUGCCUUUUUGGACAAUAUCGUAGAGGAGAUGGCCGAAGACGCCGAAGAUCCACAGGCUUUCCGUUCCACCAACUCCGGGGCAGGAGAAGUCUAUGAUAAUUACAAGUUCCUGGACAUGAAGCAGCUCAGGGAAUUGAGUUUGGACCAUUUGGUCGGGACGACGAAUUUGCUUCGACCUUAUAUGCAUGGUUACUUUGUGGCACAAAAGCUGUAUGAACAGGCGCGAUUACUCACAAAUCCCGACCUGGCGGAGCAACAGAGGCAGAAGAGUAUUCAGGAGAAGAUCGACAAGGAGAGGGAAAGCCGCAUCCGUGGCUCGAAGAAGAUUGCGGUCAAGGUCAACCGCAAAUUUGCGGAGACUCUGCUUGCUAGAGAAGAAGCCAACGAGCGUCGUAAGGCCCAGCGCGUCCUCAAACAAGGUGGCGAUCAGCCUCUCGCGAAGCCGACAGAGGCUGCAGCGGACGCCAAACCUGCUAUUGACGAUCGUUUCAGGAGCAUGUUUGAGAAUGAGGAUUUCGAGAUCGAUGAGACCAGUCGAGAAUUCGCUAUGCAUAACCCAUCCACAGUUCCAACCACAACGUCAAAACCACGCGGCCUUACUGCGGUCGAGGAAGAGGCGCUGGAGGAUGGUAACCACGCAAGCAGUAACGACGAAGACGAUGAAGAUGAAGAGGAUGAGGCAGAGGUGGCUGCUCGUCAACGACAACGCCAGCGAAAGUCGGACGGGGCCGAGUCAGCAGAUCGUAUCGGGUCGACCUCGUACAAGAAGUCCAGGAAAAGGCCGCAAAAUCAAAGAAACGAUGGGCCGGCGAUGCGAGUAUCAUCAUCAACACAAAAGGUUCGCAAACCACAGCGAGACAAAUCAUUCGGCGAUCUCGCUAGUUCUUUGCCAGCUCGGACGCGACAUCAAGGACAUGGCGGAGACGACGACAAGCCGUUUGGUGAGAAGCAGAUCAGUUUCACGCCUGCAUCGAAGUCAAAGAAGCGGCCACAGCAGCAGAGCAACGACGACAAUGGGAGAAGUGUUGGCAGAGGGAAAGAACGGAGAAGUGCCAGUGGUAAUGUGUUCAGGAGAAUGUAGAUCAUCCUGUCCGAAAUGUGACAUUUGUCGCGAGCUCUUACGCUCUUCUAUGAAUUGUCAAGAGUUCCACCAACGCC